AUCGCGAGUGCUUCGAAUUCAUACUUUGGAUCGUUGUCAUUUUUAUGUUGUUCAUGCCACCAAGUCUAAGUAACGCUCAGCAAAUCGCAUUAUAUCAAGCAAAGCAGAUCCAUACAGCUUACAUCAACAAUGUUAAAUGUCAUUUUGGGCAGCAUUUUGCGAGGCCUUGUCAAUCCCCUUCUCGACUUCAAAAACCGAUGUAAU